AUGGUCAAGAUUGACGAUGGAGGAUCUGCAGAAUCUGAUGAAACUUCCAACAAUGACUUUUUCCAAGGCAAUAAUGAGCAGAGGCGUAGAGUAGAUAAAUCCAUGAGACAAAGUGAAGGUGUUCUUGCGCCAACUAACUGGAGACGCACUGGUAGCAUGGGGCAAUUUGGAGUUCUUCCUGAUAGUGGAGGAAAUGAAAAUAAAGUUAAAAAGGUUAAGCUUAAAGUUGGUGGUAUCACUCAUACCCUUGAUGGGAAGUCUGCACCAGAUGGUCCUGCUGGUGCUGGGUCUUUUUCUACGAGGUCUUAUUCCUAUUCAGAUGCCUCACAACCACAGCAGAAGCUGGUUUUUCAGGAAAAUUCUGAUGAAAACCGUUCCAUUAGUUCAGAUAAUGGUGAUAGCUUGCAAGGAUAUGCAUUCAAGGAUUUCUCUAACAGUGGUGUAAGAGAAUAUGGUUCUAAGAGUAAGACAGCUUACAGAAGCAUAUCUGCGAAGGAAACAGAAAAAUAUGAGCCAGUUCGAAAGAGCAAGCGGGUUGCUAAGAGACGUUCUAUAGAUGGAGAUCUUGAUGAUGGAAAUGAUGAUGAGGAGAUUCGAUACCUUGAAAAGGUAAAAAAAUCUAAGAUCAGCACGAACUAUGGUGCAGAAUAUGAAGAUGAUGAGGAAGGAGGAAGCAGAAAGCAACGUAAAAUAUCAAGGGUAUUAGAAAGGAAUGUUGAUGUCCUAUAUGAUUCAAAUGUGGAUGAUUAUGGCUCCUUAAAAUCAGGUAAGGUAGGUAAGAAGUUGAGAUCCGGCAGAGUAUCUGAAGAUACUGAUUAUGUGGAAGACGAAGUAUUGUCAGAUGUUGAACCUGUAAUCAACAAGAAGAAAGCAAGAAAGGAGUUUGUAGAUUUGUUGGGAGAUUCAAAAAAGGAAAUGACAAUCACCACUCGUCAACGUGCACUACAGACUGGCAAAGAUGUCUCUUCCAGUUCUGGUGCAAGUCUAAUUGAAUUUCCCGAGGGAUUGCCUCCUGCUCCACCAAGAAAGCAAAAGGAGAAACUGACCGAAGUGGAACAGCAACUAAAAAGAGCAGAGGCCCUGCAGAGACGUAGGAUGCAAGUUGAAAAGGCAGCAAGGGAGUCUGAGGCUGAGGCAAUCAGAAAAAUACUAGGCGUAGAUUCCACUAGGAAAAAGCGGGAAGAUAAGAUGAAGAAACGGAAAGAAGAAUUGGCACAGGAGAAGGCUGCAAAUGCUAUGAUACUUGCAUCAAACACUGUUAGAUGGACCAUGGGUCCUUCAGGGACAUUCGUAACAUUCCCCAAUGAGGUGGGCUUGCCGAGUAUCUUUGACCACAAAACUUGCAGUUACCCUCCGCCGCGUGAGAAAUGUGCCGGUCCAUCAUGUCCUAAUCCAUACAAGUACAGGGAUUCCAAAACAAAACUCCCCUUAUGCAGUCUCCAAUGCUACAAGGCACUGCAGGAAAAAAUGCCCUCAGUUUCUGCCUGUUGAUCAGGUCAUUACUUAUUUCGAUUUCGGCUUUCCAAGUAAACUGUUGACUACACCAACACCAACUUGCCCAUGUAAUACAAUAUUUACAACCAUAAUAAGCAGCUACUCGGCACCAUUACUGUAUAGUUAAAAGGUUAAAGUAUGUAUGUAGAUCUCAAGAACUGGGCUGCUGAAGCCUGGAAAAUAUGGAGAUUGUUCCUGUUUGAUUGAAGAACACAAAGUUCUGUUGUAUGUUGUAAUGAAUGUGGUUUGAUACCAUUAUUAUAAA